AUGCUCGCAGAGGAGGAGAUCGACUUCCCCCUCUCCUCGGGAAGCAACAUUUGUCGUCGCUUCUAUAGCUGUUCCAAGAAGAGAAUCUACGAGCUCCCCGUGCCCAAAUGUCAAGGAAGAUUCUGUUGUGGCUCCUACGCCGGUUGGAUCGCGACGGUCGGCAAAGACUCAAGGAUGCAUCUCGUGAACAUCUUUACUGGAGGCGGCGUAGAGCUGCCUUCGCUAUACGCCUUCGGUACAUCCUUCAGUCAAUGUUGCAACCGGUCACCAGAGCGCAAGCGUUCUCUUUUUGUAACCAAGGUUUGCCUGUCGUCAAGCCCCUCCGCUGGUCGGGACUGCCUCGUGGUGGCGUUCUACGGCAUCGGAUGUAAGCUGGGUUAUGCGAAGGUUGGCGACGAUCAAUGGACUACAGUAAGCUGCAAUUGGUGUCCCUACUUGGAUGCCUCGUUCUACAAAGGCCAAUUCUACGUGGUCAACUGGAAAGGGGACGUGGUGGUGUUGGAUGUGUCUCGGCGGCAGGUGCAUUUCAUAUCGACCAAACCGAAGCAACUCAUGACCGACUACACCCAUCGGAAAAUAUACCUGGUGGAAUCAUCGGGCGAUCUACUGUACGUGGUGCGGGUGUUUAGGUAUUCGCCAAAGCCGACAUACAACACAAAGAGCUUCGUUGUCUACAAGCUGAGCGUUUCCAACGGCGAGUUGCAGCAGGUGAGUAGCCUAGGAGGGCGGUCGCUGUUCUUGGGCCUCAACAACUCGAUAUCGGUGGAGGCAUCAAAGCUGGUGGGAUGCCAAAAGGACUCCAUUUACUUCACCGAUGACCUAAGCGAGUUCAAGACUUGCUGCGCACCGGGAAGCGGACGUGACACGGGGAUCUAUAGCAUGGUGGAUGGUUGCAUCACCCCACACUAUGAUGGGGUCUCACUCUCCCGAGUCUCGCCGCCGCUAUGGGUGCCGAUCCACCAUUUAUUUUCACCCAGCAUAUAG